AUGGCAUCGGAACCCGGCCCGGACGACGGAGGAGGGCAAUUUGGCUGCCCUCAGCAUUUGAUCCUAGUAUCCAAGUUCCACGACGAGCUGGACUCGCUCGACUUCCACAACUACGGCUUGAUCAGCGAGACCGGGCUUUACGUGCACUUCCGUUCCGUCGACGACUACGACUAUAAAUUCGACGGCGAGAUGCGCUUGUGGCCUUUGGCGCUUAAGUAUUUCGGGUCGUUCGGCUACUGCCACUGCAACUACGACCACGAUAUCAUCGGCCGGGUUGUGGGCACAAUCCUGUUCGCGACCAUGACUACGAAUCCGGUGGCGAACCGCACGUGCAGUCUCGCCCGUCUACUACAACUUCGACUAUCAGAGUUUGCCUCGGCGCCUGCGAAUUCGUUCCGUCCGCUUUCGACAACCCCCAACUCGCUCUCGUUCGUCUACUACAACUUCGACUCGACCGGCGGGCUGUACGACAAAGAACACCUAGUCCAUCGACUACUUGUACAACUAGACUAUGAACUCAGCAUCAAGUCAUUCGUGCAGGCCGGUCGGGUCCCAAUUCGGUCGAGUAAAGACCUUGAUGAAGUCCUGGUCGAGGUGAUCCACCACGGACUGCGCGGAUCAAGCCGCUCGGCUACUCCGAGACUAUGGGCUUUGUGUAUCCGGCCGACCGGGAAGUCGCUGACAUAUUUGGUAGACCUGAGCACCGACGAGCAGUACAAGUACGAGGGCAAGCUGCCGCGCAGCAUGGCGCACUUCCCGCGGCGAGUGAGCGAGUUCGUCGACAUCUUUUUCCCCGCACGUCCAUGGUAUGUGCAUCUGGUGCUCGAUCCUACUGGUGCUGAUGAAUCUGAUGAUCGAGGCGUGGUUCUUCCUGACGAGCGCCCUCACACGCUAGUAGUGAACGAAUAUCGUGCUGACGAGUUCGACUUGCGCGUGUAUGCCGGUAUCAACUACUACAUGCACGUCAACAAGAAGAUGGACAUCUACUAUCUGUAUGUUGGUCAAGACGACUCGGCCUACGCCACCAUAGCAGCAACGUGCGAGGCGUUCCACACCCAAAUGACAAUCACGUUCCUCCUCCAGGACAGCAGCAUCCUUAACAGCAAGAAAAACGACAAGCUGAACGAGUGCAUCAACCUGCUCGGAAUGAAGGACAUGGCGGACCAGAUCGUUGAUGGCAGCUGGCAGUUGAAGCGGCUGAAGGCUGGCGAGGAGUUUGAGGGUUAG